AUGUUAAAAAUCUUCGCCUUAAGUGUUUUGUUGGAUAUGAAAGAUCCAUUAAUCUUUGAAAUUCAACAGAGACAAGAUUUAAGAUUAGAAAUGAUUAAUUCGUUGCAAAUACUUUUGCCAAAUCUUUCGUUAUUAUUCGCAACAUUAUUAUUUAUUCGAUGUUAUUCAUUAUAUGAAUAUCAAUCAGUAGCGUUUCAUCAAAUGGCCGAAAUUAUUAUUGAGAAAUUUUCUAACGAUAAACCAAAUCAAGAAGCAGCAUUCAUAGCUUUGAAACAACUUCGUAAUCCUGAGUUUUCGAAUUGUUUUUUGGAAUUUAUUAAACAAAAAUCAGAUUUAUCAGAAAUUUUUCAAUUGAAUUCUUCUAUUCUCUACGAAUGCUUGAACAAAAGAAAUUCAUUCAAUUCAUCGAAUACGCUUCUUCUCUCAUUGAUCUAUACCACUGAAUUAGCAUUUGAUAUGCAAAUUUUACAAAUGAAGAGAAAUGAUGAUGAACAGAGUCGAAUCUCUAAUUGGAAAGACUUAGAUGAAUUGUGGAAUGACUUGUCAACCAAUGAGAAAAUUAUGAGUGUUAAAAUAGCAAAAUGGAUAACAAAUUAUUUGAAUUCACCAAAUAAGAACAAUCUUUCAAAAAUUAUUGAAAAUGUUUUGUGUUGUUUAUUCAUUGAACCAAAUGCUUUAUCAGAGAUUGAAAAAUGGCUCAUUUAUCAAACGGAUAAAUCUUUGCAAUAUAUGGCGUAUUACGCCGCAUUGCAACUUAUUAUUCAUGGUUCAAAUUCAUCAGAUUUGUUUGAUAUUAUCAAGAAAAAUUUCGAUUGUAUUCAAAAAUGUAAUUUUCGAUCACUUUUAAAACGUUUAAUCGAAUCAGAAUUUGUCAAUUUAUCUAUUCUCCGGCAAAUUCUGACACUUUUACAUGAAAAUGUUGGAUAUUUUCGACAAAUAUCUGUGUAUAUUCAUCGUACAGAAGUUCUUCAAUUAAUUCUUGAUUUAGAAUUCGAACGAAAUACUUCAACUACUCCAUUUAUAAUAAUAGUCAAAGAAUGUUCAUACGAUUUACGAGUUUUUCUUUUAGAAUAUCUUAAAAAAUAUCUUGAAAAUCCCAAUACUUUCAAAGAAGAAUAUAUUGCUAUUCUUUGUAAAUGGAUGAUCGAAAACUCAAUAUGGAAUGGCAAAAAAGAUGAUUUUUCUGAUGAACUUUACGAAUAUAUCUUAUCACUUUUACAUAAUCAUGAUUUCUUACAAAUUCAAAAAGCAAUUGCUAGCGGUUUUUCUUUUGUAUUUACAAAUUAUGAAAUGUACGAAGAACAUCUCUUUCUACGAGGUUAUGGAGUUGCACAUUUAGAACAAGUUAUCUUUUUCUUUGAUGAAUAUUCAUCCGAUAUUUUAAACAUUUGUUUACUGGCAUUUGGAAAUUAUUUGUAUUUAACGCAAAAAUCGAAUCGAAAUCUCAAGAUUUCAGAUGAAUUAAAUCAAGCACUCGAGAAUAUAUUCAAUUCAUCAUUACCGGAGGUAAUUAUCAUAAGAGCUGCUUUUUGUUUGAUUAUUGCACAAAGAUCUCUUCCAACAUUUCAAGUAAGAAGAAAUCUAUUUGAAGAAAAAUGGACCUUGACACCGGAAAAAGAGUAUCAAUUCUUAUUGGAGAAAACGUUAUUUCAUUGGGAAGAAUGUUUUGGUGAUGAUUAUAAAAUUGAAAAAGAAAUCGUUAAACAUAUCGAAAAGAAUUCAAGCAAACUUCUUGAUAUAUUUGCGAGAAAUUUUCAUGAUUACUUAUGUGAUAAAUCAAAUUUUAAUUAUCUUUCGCCUCCAACAGUUAAUUACGUGAAAAUAGCAUACAAAGCUAUUGAAAAUAAUUUUCUUCUAUUUCAAAAAUCAAUUCAAAAAUGUAUUUUUAUCCGAGAUGUUCCACAAGCAGAAGUUUAUCAAUAUCUGUAUCAUAAAACAGAUCAAUCAGAUAUUGAAGCAUUAAUUAAUGUUUAUAUUAUGUCUGGUGUACUUACAAAUGAACUCAUUGAUCUAUGGAAAUGGGUUGUAAACGUAUAUAACGAUGAAAUUCCAGUAGCAUUUACUUUCAUUAAACAAAUUGAUGGCGAAAAUGUUAUUGAAAAAUUAUUUGAAUUUUUAUAUUCAAUGGUAAAUCAAAGAAAAUUUUCAACUUUUGAGAAUUUAUUAUGUUUGUUACAUUUACUUGCCCAAGAUUCUAUUGUUUCUUCAUCGGAAUUAUAUCAUCAGGUAUCAAUUAUUUUGAAUGACUUAUCAGAUGAAUUCAAUAGUAUCAAUUGGAUUGAUCAAAAAUCAACUUUUGGUACUCUUUUAGAAUUUACUUCUAUUGAAACAAUUAAUUUAUCUGAUAAACAAGUGCAAUUAUUCACUGAAAAUGAUAUUUAUGACGAAUUUAUGAAAACAAUUGAAAAUCUUGAAAAGAGACCCACAUUUUUCUUAGCGCGAAAUUCUUCUUCGUCUGAUAUGAAAUAA